AUGGAUAUCUCCCAUUCUAUCCAUUCAGAGGUGACCUCGUUGUCCUUCUCAUUCCUCUCAUCAGACGAUGUGAAAGCCAUAUCAGUCAAAAAGCUGGACAACCCAAUACUGCUGGAUAACCUGAAUUUGCCAACGAGAGGAGGAUUAUAUGAUCCUAAAUUAGGACCCAUGAGCGCUCGGGAUGUCUGUGAAACAUGUCACCUAUCAUAUUUUGCUUGUCCGGGUCAUUUCGGUCAUAUCGAACUUCCCACUCCUGUCUUUCACCCUCUUUUCAUGAAUCAAUGUUAUGGAUUACUACGGACAGUCUGUUUGUUCUGUCAUCACUUUAAGAUGCCUGAGCUCAUCCUCGCUUCAUACGUCGCUCGUAUAAGACUUCUUGAUGCUGGUCUUUUGACUGAAUCACACGAAGUUGCUUCAAUAUUCGCCAAAGCAAUGGGGACUUCUACUUCUCGGGAUGAUGAACCUAAUGAUGAUGAAGAAGAAAUCGCUGGUGGCGGUGGUGGACCUAAGACCAUCACAAAAGAGAAUGCUGCAGAGUUGAUAGUCAGAGUAGACGCAUACGUAUCAGCAACACUCGAAGCAGCCAAAAAAGCAAGUAAUGGAAGUACGAGAGAUUCGUAUAAAGAUGGCCUGGUUUUCGAGGAAAGGAAAAGGCUUCUAGCUGAAUUCUCAAAGAAGAACUGGGGUAAAUGUACUCGAUGUGCUGCCUACGCUUAUACUUUCCGAAAGGAGAAAGCGGUCAAAAUCAUCGAGUAUGAUCUCUCACUAAAGCACAAACAAGCUAAUAAAAUGGCAAACCUGAAAAAACGAGAUGUACUUGCUAUCAGCAACAAGUUUUCCAAGCAUCGACGAUCUGCUGAUCCACAAGAUAUCGAUGAAGGUAUAGAGAUGGACAGUGAUAGAAGUAGUGCAGAGGAAGACAACGCGAUGGAUGUAGAUGAAGAUGAUGAAUCUUCCGAAGAUAUCGGAAACGAACAGGAUGAAGAAGGUCAAGAAGAGAUCGCACGAGCAGUAGCUAAAACCGCAAGUGGACAAGUGAAAGGUGCUAGAGGAAGGAAUGAAAGAGUCAUGUCUGCCGCAGAAGUUCGAGCUCAUCUUCGAUUACUUUUUGCUAAAGAACCUGAAAUCUGUAAACUUCUUUAUGGAAGACAUGGUGGACCUUCUCCUCAACAAGUUGUCUCUGGUCCUUUGGCAGAUAUGUUCUUCAUGGAUGUUAUCCCUGUCACACCAACACGUUUCAGACCUCCUGCAAAAAUGGGAGAUGAACUAUUCGAAAACUCGCAAAAUUCCCUUCUAUCAGCUGUCAUCACUACUGCUGUUCGAAUACAGGAACACAAUGGACGAUUGAUCGAACAAGCUAAAGUGGAGAAGGGAGAAGCAGUCCUAGAAGCUGUUGCGAAAGUUGACGCUGCUCGAGCAUUCGAAAAGUUGCUUGAAGCUUUAAUCAAGUUGCAACAUGAUGUCAACAGUUUCAUGGAUAGUACAAAGAAUCCAGCCAUGAUGAGACAAGGACAACUACCACCACAAGGUGUCAAACAGUUAUUGGAGAAGAAAGAGGGUCUAUUCAGGAAGCAUAUGAUGGGUAAACGAGUAAACUACGCUGCUCGGUCUGUCAUUUCACCAGAUAUCAACAUUGAAACGAAUGAAAUUGGUAUCCCCCCUGUUUUCGCCAAAAAGCUAACAUACCCGGAACCUGUCACUGAACAAAAUGUGCACUAUUUGAGACAAUUAGUGAUAAAUGGUCCUAAAGUUCAUCCUGGUGCAGCUUUGGUGCAGAAUGAGGAUGGAACCCAAAUCUCACUGGAUCGAACAACCCUCGAACAGCGAACUGCCAUCGCCAACCAACUGCUUACACCUCAAGGUGACGAUCAUGGAAUUGGAAGUAGCACUGGGCCACCUAAGAAGAACAAAAAGGUAUAUCGACAUAUUCAAGAUGGCGAUGUAGUCAUUCUGAAUCGACAACCAACAUUGCAUAAACCCAGUAUGAUGGUUCACACCGUUAAGGUAUUACUAGGUGAAAAGACCAUUCGGAUGCACUAUGCCAAUUGUAACUCUUACAAUGCUGAUUUCGAUGGUGACGAAAUGAACAUUCAUUUCCCUCAAAACGAAGUCGCUCGAGCUGAAGCUAAAUUCAUCGCCAAUACCGAUAAUCAAUAUCUCGUACCUACAUCUGGUAAUCCCCUUCGAGGUUUGAUUCAAGAUCACGUUGUUGCUGGUGUAUGGAUGUGUAACAAGUCGUCCUUCUUCACAAGAGAACAAUAUUUCCAACUUAUAUACGGUGCUCUUCGAACAGAAGACAACUACACAGGUCGAGAUCGAAUCGUUACUUUACCUCCGGCAAUCUUCAAACCUCGACCUUUGUGGACCGGUAAACAAAUCAUGUCUACAAUAUUGGCAAAUCUUACCCCACUCAAUGCAAAAGGUUUGAAUCUGACUUCGAAGAAUAAAGUGCAGAACAAGCUAUGGGCAAGAGACGAUUCGUCUGAUCCAACAAUGUCAGAAGAGAACGUUAUCUUCCUUGAUGGUCAUUUGAUAUGUGGUGUUUUAGAUAAAUCACAAUAUGGUGCUUCAGCUUAUGGUCUCGUACAUUCCGUUCAUGAAUUAUACGGUCCUUAUAUCGCCAAUCGACUUCUUGGGGUUCUCAGUAGAUUGUUGACGAAAUACCUUCAACAUAAUGCUUUCUCAUGUAGGAUGGAUGACUUGAUAUUGACUGCCGAAGGUGAAAAGAUAAGGAAAGAUAUCUUGGAUAAAGCUUCCGGAGAUGGUGCCACCGCUGCGAUGAAGUAUGUCGGACUUCCAGAAGGAUCAAAAAUUGAAGAUAUUGAAACCGCCAAAAAUCUCACAAUCCGAUUAGAAGAAAUUCUCCGUGAUGACCAUCUAAUGGCUGGUCUUGACGCCGUCAUGCAAUCUGCUUUCAACAAAACUACUUCCAAGAUCAAUAACGACGUCCUUCCCGAUCACUUGGUCCGACCUUUCCCUGACAAUAAUAUGCAAAUGAUGACUAUUUCCGGUGCCAAAGGUUCCAAAGUCAAUGCUUCCCAGAUCUCAACUCUGUUAGGUCAACAAGCAUUGGAAGGUAGACGUGUACCGACAAUGGUAUCUGGUAAAACACUACCCGCAUUCAAACCUUUCGAUACCACAGCUAGAGCGGGUGGAUAUGUCGCCAAUCGAUUCUUGACUGGUAUCCGACCUCAAGAAUAUUAUUUCCAUUGUAUGGCUGGAAGAGAAGGUUUGAUUGAUACCGCUGUCAAAACCAGUCGAUCCGGUUAUUUACAGCGUUGUCUCAUCAAACAUCUCGAAGGUGUGCGAGUACACUACGAUCACACUGUCAGAGAUAGUGAUUCUUCAGUCUUACAAUUCAUGUACGGUGAAGAUUCCCUUGAUGUCACCAAACAGAAACAUUUGGAACAUUUCGACUUUGCAGCUAGAAAUCAUACUUCUUUAGUGAACAAAAUCCGACCGAGAGAUGUCGACGGAAAGGUAAAUGAUAUAGCUAUCGGACAUAUGAAGAAAGCUUUGAAGAAACCUCGCAAAUACGAUCCUGCAUUAUCUCUGUUUGCUCCAUCAAGACACAUAGGAUCAAUGUCUGAAGAAUAUGCCAAGAAAUUGAAUCAAUAUAUCGAUGACAACAAAUUCGGAUACAUAUCGAAAAAAGGAGAACACAAAUCAAGUCCAUUCGCAAGUGAGAGAAUCCCAGAUAAAGAAUUCUUGGGUUUGGCAAGAGCUAGAUAUAUGAGAAGUUUAGUUGAACCUGGAGAAGCAGUUGGUUUACUUGCUUCUCAAGGUGUUGGAGAACCUUCGACGCAGAUGACUUUGAACACUUUCCAUUUAGCUGGUCACGGUGCAGCAAAUGUCACCCUCGGUAUCCCUCGUUUAAGAGAAAUCGUCAUGACUGCUUCAGCAAAACCUACCACACCAACAAUGAAAUUACCCCUUCGAGAAACGAUUUCUGAUCGUGAUACUGAAACUUUCAUCAAACAAGUUUCUCGAUUAACUUUAUCUCAAGUUGUUGAACGAGUAACUGUCACCGAGAGAUUGUCAUCCAAAUCCUCCGAAUCAAGUGGUACAAGACAACGAAAGUACACCGUCUUGAUUGAAUUCUACCCGCCAGAAGAAUAUGCACCUGAACACGAAAUCACUCCUGAACAAUUACAUGAAGCGUUGGCAUUCAGCUUCGCGCCUCGAUUGAAGAAGGAGAUCUUGGGUGAAAUGAGGAAUGUAGCCAAAUCCGCUCAACAAGAUUUACAAGUUGGUAAAGGAUUGAAAGUUAAGAUUGGUGGAGAUGAUUUAGCUGAUGAAGAAGCUGAAAAUGGAACUGGAGCAGAUGUGGAUGGUGAAGGAAAUGCCAAAAGACGUGGGAGGGAUGAUGAAUUAGACGAUGAUGAUGAAGAUUCAUAUCAAUUGAAAAGAACUCAACAAUCAAGACAACAUGAAUAUGAAGAAGAUUCACAAGCAGAUUCAGGUAUAGCAGAUUUAGAAGAUUUCGUCGAAAAAGAAUUGAACAACGGAGAAGGUGAUGAUGAUGAUGGAGAUGAAGAUGGAGAUAUAAACACCGAAGACGCGAUUGAAAAAGCACGAAAAAACCAAAAAGCGGAUGAUCUGGCUGAAUUGUUCAAAUUAGGUAGUAAAUACGCUACUACUUUUAGCUUUGAUGACCAUUCUGGAAAAUCUGCUCAAUUCGAUUUAGAAUUCCCUGCAAAUGCUCCUAAACUGUUGUUGGUCGAUUUGAUCGAAAGAACUUGUCGUGCAGCUGUAGUUCAUGAAAUAACAAAUAUUGGAAGAUGUAUGAAGAUCUUCUCUGACAAAGGAGAGUUUACUCGAACACUCAUAACGGAAGGAUCCAAUCUCCGAGGCAUGUGGGCAUUGGCCGAUGAACUCGUCAACCUUGAUAAUCUUGCUUCCAACGAUAUUUACGCCAUCUUGACCACAUACGGAGUAGAAGCUGCCAGAAGAGCCAUCAUAGAUGAAAUCAGUAGUGUUUUCGGUGCUUAUGGAAUCGCAGUUGAUUAUAGACAUUUAACAAUCAUAGCAGAUUACAUGACACACGCAGGUGGAUAUAGACCAUUUAACCGGACUGGUAUAGCAGCAAAAUCAUCCCCUCUCUUAAAAGCUUCUUUCGAAACUACAGUAGCUUUCUUAUCUGAAGCCACCCUUCAUGGUGAUUUCGAUGAUCUAACUUCUCCAGCGGCUAAAAUAGUAUUGGGUAAACCAAGUUCAAGUGGUACUGGUGCUUUCGAUAUUAGAGCUCCCACAAGGAUUGCUUAG